AGUGCCCGGAUGAGGCAGGUGAAGGCACACAAACAGCCCAGCCACAGAGACAAAAGCAAAAACACAUUUCCUCAUCUUAUCUAUGCGGCACGUCCUUUAAAAAAAAACGCUGCUCCUGGGAAGACGGUUUGGGCCUGCACACCACACGCGCGAGGAGUUUCUUGGAAAGAUUCGCACCGAUCGAUCAGUUUGACAGGUUUGAUUGAGCGAAUUGAUCGUCAUUUUUUUUUCUCUCUCCAAGACUGGGACGGACUGACUGGAAGUGCGGAUCUCAAAUCAUUCUGCCCCACAAAUGGCGAGCGUGCAGCUCAAUCACGAAGCAUGGGACUCCCUCGGCUCUGUGCCCGCCGAGAAACAGGACUGUCUGACGCUUAGAUACGCCGAGAGAAAGACAGACGAUGGCGUGGUGCUGGUAAACGGCGACCAGGCAGCGGAGGAAGGGCCGGCAGGCGAGACGGCGGCGGUGGCCACCAGCUCUACUGUCACUCCCAGCGGCGAGGACAACCUGCAACACAACAGCAGUACUGACCCGAUGGCCACGCAGCAUUUCGGCGCGCACAACGGUCCGGAGGGCGUCCCCGUCGACGCGGGCGCCGUGCACGACUGCAGCCAGCAGACGGACCUGCCGGGCGCCGAGCACACCGGCAUGGUCCACGCACACGGCGAGCCGCAGGUCGCGGUCGGUACAGAAACUCACGAGCCAAACACAGGUCCACAGAGCUUUAGUCAACAAACAGUGAGUUUUACAGCUUGUACUCAAACCACUGAGGCUGAAGUACAAACGGGAGAAGCCACGGACGUAACGCAACAGACAGCCGCCACGGCAGAGGCUCUGGCCUCCGCCAUCACCAAGAGGUUACACGUAUCAAAUAUACCCUUCCGCUUCAGGGAUCCAGACUUACGGCAGAUGUUUGGGAAAUACGGUCAAAUCUUAGAUGUUGAAAUCAUUUUCAAUGAAAGGGGAUCCAAGGUGAAUAAUGCAACCGCUCGUGUGAUGACCAAUAAGACUAGGGGUGCGUAUGCAAACGGAGCGUUCCGUGGUGGGCGUGAUUUUAUAAGGGGUCGGGGGCGUGGUGCCUUCAGUGGUUUCCGUGGCCCCCCUCCCCCUCCUAUCCCCGCCUAUGCUGGGGGUUAUGGGUAUGUACCGGAGGCCACCAUCCUGGACUCUACUGUCAUCUCCAAUAGGGCAGCCCUGUAUCAAGAUGGUUUCUAUGGUGACAGAUACCAGUUCUACCUGCCCGACCAGGCAGCCAGCUAUGCAUACGCCGGCAGCAGAUAUGCACAACCAACGGCAUACGGCAUGGGUUUCAUCGCUGACUGGAACGUUGGUGAUCUUUGCAGGUAUGGUCGUGAGUACACCGACCCUUACCACCACACCAUCGGACCCGCAGGAUAUGGGGCGAGCGUGUACCGUGGAGGUUACAGCCGUUUUGCGCCGUACUAAACGGUUGAACCACCACCCAACACCGCAGGCGUAGGUACCUCCAGUUUCUCCCAUGGUGCAUCGUGUGCAAGGGCGUCCUAGCCGCCGCCCCCCCCUCUAUUUAUGGCAAUUGUACAUGGGAUAAAAAAACUCUCGUCAUGUAAUAUUGUUAUAACAUAUAUAAAAGAUACUGUUAUUAUUAAUAAUGAAAAAACAGCGAACAAUCAGUGACUUUCAAAUUCAUUAUGAUAUAAUCAAGUAGCGACCAUCGAUAAAUGUAUCUUAGCUAGGCCGUAGACAGAUAGUUAAGUAUCACAUUGAUAAGUAGUUAUAUGGGGUUUUUGUCGGAAUAUUAUACCUUUCGAUGAGGAAGGUAGAUAUAUGACAGGUCUACAAAAAAAGGUUGAUAAUUAUAAUCAGGGUAUAGACGGUAGUGGACAAUGAUUCUGUACAGAUUUAGUAGUCGGUAGAGCCUGAUGAAGGGUAUACUCUACAUAUAUGUGUAGAGGGUCUACAUGUACGCGUAGAGGGAAUUUUACAUGUACAAAGGGCAGAAUGCAAUGAGCAAGACCCUCCUCUGUACAGUCACUCCUGCAGUAUAUUCAACUCUACAAGGACGUUUAUAGCUAUUAAGAAACUAGGAAAAAAUUUUUAAACUCUUAGAUAAACGAAAGACGUUUCCUGAUAUAUAUAAGGACUUUUGUAAGCCACUCUUGUGAUCUCUACGCAUUUCUGAAUCUGAUUUCUUAUUUCUAACUUGUGGGAAUUUUCUUUUAUGUAGAAGUCUAUUUCUGUAAAUAAACCUUUGACUUUUUUUGAGCAUUUUC